UGGAUGAUGGCUGUAGCAGCCAAUGCCAUUCCUUUCCAAGUCUCAUUUGCUACCAACAAUGUGGGGAGAGCGUUAGUGAUGCUUUUUAGUCAUGCCACCAUCGAAUGAGAGAAAGAAAGAAAAAGCAUAAACGAUCAGAAUGUUACUUUAAUGUUUGCAGUCUGUUAAUUUUUCUCCUAGUGUCUUCCAUGCAAACCGGGCUUCGAUCCAACAUUAUAUAUACUGAUAUAGAGCUCUCCUAGUUACUCACUCAAAUUCCAAGACCCUACUUCCUCAAUUCAAAUGAAGCUUUUUCCUCUCAUGUUUCCUGCAUCUUUAUUUUGGUUAUACCUUAUUCUCUUUACUUUCAAACACUGCCCAAAAACAACUGCUUCUAUUUCCAGAAACCAAACAGACCAUCUAGCAUUGCUCAAAUUCAAGGAACAAAUCUCUUAUGACCCAUAUGGAAUUCUAGAUUCAUGGAAUCAUUCUACCCACUUUUGCAUGUGGCAUGGAAUUACAUGCAGCUCCAAGCACCGAAGAGUGCACCGAAGAGUAACAGAGUUGAGCUUAACAGGGUAUCAGUUGCAUGGAUCAUUGUCUCCUCAUGUUGGCAAUCUCUCUUUUCUCACAAAACUCUACCUCCAAGAAAACAACUUUCACGGAAAUAUCCCACAAGAAUUGGGUCGGUUGGUACUGUUGCAGGUGCUGUAUCUCACUAAUAACUCCUUUACAGGGGAGAUUCCUACAAACCUAACAACUUGCUUUGAUCUCAAAGGUUUGGGCUUAGGUGGAAAUAAUCUGACUGGCCAGAUACCGAUUGAAAUUGGCUCUCUCCAGAAACUUCAAGUAUUGGAACUUGCGGUAAACAAUUUAACUGGUGAAGUCCUUCCAUUCAUAGGGAAUCUUUCAUUCUUAACUUAUUUCUUGGUGAGAUAUAAUAACUUGGAGGGAAAUAUUCCAGAAGAAAUAUGUCGCCUCAAAAACUUGGCAUAUCUACAAGUGAGUGUGAACAAAUUGUCAGGUACAUUUCCUCCUUGUUUUUACAACAUGUCAUCUCUUAUUCUCUUCUCAGCUGGAGUAAAUGAAUUUGAUGGCUCUCUUCCACCCAACAUGUUUCACACCCUCCCCAAUCUCAAACUUUUUAUCAUUGGCGGGAAUCGAAUCUCAGGUCCAAUCCCCACUUCUCUUUCAAAUGCUUCAAACCUUGAUUACCUUGAAAUUAGUGAAAACAAUUUCAUCGGACAAGUUCCAAGUGUAGAGAAGCUGCAACAUCUUCGGUGGGUACAAAUGUUUUCUAAUCAUCUAGGUAACAAAUCAACUAAUGAUUUGGACUUUCUGAAAUCACUCACGAAUUGUAGUAAGUUGCAACAUCUGGUUAUAGCCGAUAACAAUUUUGGAGGUCCUUUGCCAAAUUCCGUGGGCAAUUUAUCAUCCCAACUCAGUUACCUUGGCCUUGGGUAUAAUUACAUAUCGGGAAAAAUUCCUGUUGAAUUAGGAAAUCUAAUUAACCUAACUCUCUUGGACUUGAAAAGUAACCACUUUGAAGGGACAAUUCCGGUUGCUUUUGGGAAGUUUCAGAAGAUGCAAUUAUUAGAUUUGGGGGGAAAUAAGGUGUCAGGAGAUAUUCCAGCCUCCCUUGGAAACCUAACUCAGUUGUUUCAUUUGGGUUUAGAGGAAAACAACUUAGAAGGAAAUAUUCCUCCAAGUAUUGGAAACUGUCAAAAGUUACAAUUCUUAAACCUUUCAAGAAACAACCUCAAAGGAACCAUACCUGUUGAGGUUUUUAAUCUGUCCUCAUUAACAAAUUUACUAGACUUGUCACACAACUCACUGAGUGGCAGUCUGCCAAAAGAAGUGGGAAGGCUAAAAAAUAUUGAUUGGCUAGAUGUCUCUGAGAAUCAACUAUCAGGCGAUAUUCCAGGAGCCAUUGGAGAAUGCAUGAAGUUGGAGUACCUUUAUUUACAAGGAAAUUCCUUCCAUGGAAUCAUAACAUCAUCUUUGCCUUCACUCAAAGGUCUUAUACGAUUAGAUCUAUCACGAAACCGCUUAUCUGGGUCAAUUCCUAAGGAUCUACAGAAUAUUUCCUAUUUGGAAUACUUCAAUGUUUCCUUCAACAUGUUGGAGGGAGAAGUACCAACAAAAGGUGUCUUUCAAAAUGUCAGUGCAUUAGCGAUGACGGGAAACAAAAAACUUUGUGGGGGUAUUCCAGAGCUGCAUUUACUGCCAUGUCCCGUCAAAAGUAUGAAGCAUGUAAAACACCAUAGUUUCAAGUGGAUAGCAGUGGUAGUUAGUCUGGUUGUCUUUCUUCUCAUGUUGUCAUUUGUUCUAACCAUCUACUGGAUGAGGAAAAGAAACAAGAAACAGUCUUCUGAUACACCAACAAUUGACCAACUGGCUAAGAUUUCAUACCACGACCUACAUCAUGGAACCGGUGGAUUCUCAGCUGGAAACUUGAUAGGAUCAGGAAGUUUUGGUUCUGUGUACAAAGGAAAUAUUGUGUCAGCAGAUAAAGAUGUUGCCAUAAAGGUCUUGAACCUUCAAAAGAAGGGAGCUCACAAGAGUUUCAUUGUUGAAUGUAAUGCACUCAAAAAUAUCAGACAUCGGAAUCUGGUUAAGAUCUUAACAUGCUGUUCCAGCACAGACAACAGAGGUCAAGAUUUUAAAGCUUUAGUUUUUGAGUACAUGAAAAAUGGAAGCUUAGAACAAUGGCUGCAUCCAGGGAAUGGAAGUGAAGAGCUUCGUGAACCACUUGACCUUGAACAAAGAUUAAGUAUCAUUGUUGAUGUUGCUUCUGCAUUACAUUAUCUGCAUCAAGAAUGUGAGCAAGUGGUCCUUCAUUGUGAUAUAAAGCCAAGCAAUGUCCUUCUUGACGAAGACAUGGUCGCUCAUGUGAGUGAUUUUGGCAUAGCAAGACUUGUCUCAACUAUUGAUGGUUCAUCUGACCAGCAAAGUAGUACGAUCGGAAUAAAAGGGACUCUUGGCUAUGCUGCUCCUGAGUAUGGAGUGCUUUCUGAAGUGUCCACAUGUGGCGACAUAUAUAGCUUCGGGAUCCUUGUAUUGGAAAUGCUUACUGGAAGAAGACCUACAGAUGAAUUGUUUGAAGAUGGCCAAAAUCUGCAUAAGUUUGUGGAAAUUUCAUUUCCUGAUAAUCUUUUACACAUUUUGGACCCACGUCUUGUAUCAAGACUUGAAGAAGCAAUAGAAAGAAAAAACAGAGGGAAUCAUACUCCAAAUUCUGAGAAGUGCUUAAUAUCACUUUUUAGGAUUGGACUUGCUUGUUCAAUGGAAUCACCAAGAGAAAGGAUGAAGAUAGUGGAUGUCAUUAGAGAGCUAAACAUAAUCAAAAAGCUAUUUCUUGUUGGUGUUCCUGCUCGUGUCUAUGCAGCAUAGUGCCCUGCAAUUUGAGCUCAACCAUCUUUGUGGAUUUGUUCAAUAAAUUUCCUCCGGUUCUAGCCAUUUGCAUUUAUGAGUUCAUCUUUCAUGUAACAUCUAUUAAUAGUCAAUGAAUGUAAUACUAUAUCUAAGUGAUGGACUUAUAAUACUUUCCAUACUUAUGUCCA